UUUGCAGUUCUAACAGCCAUCAUGAAUAUAUUUCAAUUCUUAUUUUUAACUUGUUUUAAAAUAUGCACGUGUUUUGAUAUUAGUAUUUUCCGUUAUGAAAUUGAUUUGGAAGAAACUAUUGAGGAUUAUCCCUUCACAGUUAUCAUUGUAGAAAAUGAACCUACAAAGAAGGUAAAUAGUUUUGGUACUUUAAUUCACGAAAGAGCUGUUCUAGCAUAUCAAUCCCAAGAUACUGACAAACAAUCAUACUUUAAUUUUAAAGCCUGUGCAGGAUGUUCAUUGAUAAAGAAUAAUAGACGUCGGAAUGCUUUUAAUUGUUCUCAAAAUAGAAGCAUAACAGAGUAUAACAUUAUAGAUCUGUAUGAUAAAAUGUAUUCCUACCUCAAUAUGGUUAUUUUAGUGCUGUCAGAACCAUUUGAGUUAAAUAAAAGAGUUCAUCAGGUUGAAUUGGCUUAUUCUCCAGAAGAUUAUGACCCGAUAAACUGUCGUAUUUUAUAUUACAUGCUGUUAAAAAAUUCCAAUACUAGUAAUUCAAACAGAUUUACUUAUCCAGCUGAAAUUCAAUACAUUGAAGGUCUUACUGAUCUUCUAGUGGAUACAUCAGAGAUUGAACGAACUUACGGUCAUCAGAAAACAGAAUUAUUUGGAAGCCCUGUGAUAUGUAAAUCCAAGAUCCAAGAUGCUGAUUGGUUUCAAAUAUUUUUGUCAUUUGUAACUUUAGAUCCAACAGCGAUGUCAAGUUUUGAGUUAUUUGCACAUCACAUCUCCCCUUAUUACCAGAUAUUUGAAGAAACUCUUUAUCACUCUGGGUUUUUUAAUAAUCUUCAAUUCUUUGAUAACGAUAAGAAAUGAUUCAUUAUG